GUAGAUGUCGUGUCGUCUGGUGACUUGGUUUUUUUUCACGAUGUCCUUGCUCAUGAAGUAGCGUGUUUUACCUGUCUACUGAACUUCCUUUGAGAAUAUGAAGAAGAAGAGAGUUUUCAUCAUCAGCAAAACGUUUUCCAUGAGAGUGCGGCAUGGCCAGUCCACUGAGCAGCAGCCAGUAAGCGCUUGGCAAAUAGAGGUUGAGAUUCAAAUUAAUUCUACUGAAGGGUAAUUUCUACAGUAGGUCAAAUUAUAUAAACAUAUUUAUAUAAGAACUCAACAUAUAUCAUGAGUAUCAUGACUAGUGGAUAUGUAAAUUAAAUUUGACUCAAAAUUAGAGUACAAACCCACAAAUCUACUAAAUUACCGUAUUAUCUCACCCUUUCUCAGAUAAUUUUCCUGAAUCUCUGAUAAGGAAGAGUGAAUAUGUGGUAGCAGAAGGCUGAAUUUCAGACCUUAUUAAAAAUUGUUGGGUUAAUUUGUGGUAUAUGUGUAUAGCUAUGGUUGUUUUUCCAUGAUGAUGGGUUACGGUUGCUUAUCAAAACAGAAGCAGCACAACAAUGGCUACCAGCUAUGGUAUUGCUGAUAUUCUUGCGCAAUUCAGUGAGUGGCUCCUUAAUAACAGAAUACUACAUCCGACGGCAGGAAGAUUCUUGUCUGGGAAGUUUGAAUCAAUUUCUCUAGAAUUAUGCCAGAUGCUCAGACUUUUAUUCUUUUGGCAUUCGUCUUCUACCUUUCUCUGUAUUUUAUUUCGGUGCCUGCACAACAACAGCAACGGAAUAGUGCUGAUUUUAUUUUCGAGGGAUUUAAGGACUCCAACCUGAGCCUGAGUGGAAUGGCACACAUUGAUUCUCGGGGCAUUCUAGAGCUUACUAAUGUGACACAACAAAUGCUGGGCCAUGCUGUUUAUCCAAUCCCUCUACAGUUCAGAAAUGUCUCCAGCAAUUCUACAUUUUCUUUCAGUACGACAUUUGUCAUGUCCAUUUUGCCCGAGCAUCCAACUCUGGGAGGCCAUGGAUUGGCCUUUGUGGUGACGCCUUCUAGAAGCUUCCAGGGAUCCCUGCCCGCUCAGUAUCUCGGUCUGUUCAAUUCUUCCAAUAAAGGGGUGGCUUAUAAUCACAUUUUUGCAGUGGAGUUCGAUACAGUCCAGGACUUCGAGUUCAAAGAUAUUGAUGAUAACCAUGUUGGGGUGGACAUUAAUAGCCCGAUUUCAAACAAGUCUGCAACCGCGGCCUAUACGAAUGAGAAAGGGUUGUACCAGAAAUUUGAUCUCAAGGCUCAAAAGAACAUUCAGUGCUGGAUAGAAUUUGAUGGUGGGGAGAAUUCGCUGAAUGUGAGUCUUAUACCAGGGGGUAUGACUAGGCCAAAGGUGCCCCUGAUUUCAAUGCAUUUUGAUCUCUCAGAGGUUGUUGAGGAGUUUAUGUAUGUGGGUUUUUCUUCUUCCACGGGGUUGUUUUCCAGUUCACACAGUAUUUUGGGAUGGAGUUUCAGAAUGAAUGGGCCUGCAAGGGAUCUGAAUCUUACAAACCUUCCUACAGUUUCGGAAUCACAGUCUAAGGAUAAGAUCAGACUUAUAAUUGGAGCGUCCGUUGCUGCUGUGGUAGUCAUGACAUUAGCAGUUUUCGCAGGGGUUCAUUUUGUUAGGAGAUUGAGGGAUGUUGAGGUUAUUGAAGACUGGGAGCUUGAUUAUGGGCCUCAAAGGUUUUCAUACAAGGAGCUAAGGAUCGCCACUAAGGGUUUUAGCGACAGGGAGCUACUUGGGGUGGGCGGUUUUGGGAGAGUUUACAAGGGAGUCUUACCCAGGAGUGGGCUAGAAGUUGCUGUGAAGAGGGUUUCACGUGAGUCUACACAGGGGCUAAGAGAAUUUGUUGCUGAGAUUUCAAGCAUUGGUAGGCUCCGGCAUAGAAAUCUGGUUCAAUUGCAGGGCUGGUGCAAAUAUAAGGAGGAACUGCUUCUUGUUUAUGACUAUAUGCCAAAUGGUAGCCUUGAUAGUUUUUUAUUUGGAGAUAAGAAAAAUACUUUAAGUUGGGAACAGAGAUACAUGAUUUUGAAGGGUGUUGCCUCUGGUCUGCUUUAUCUCCAUGAAGAGUGGGAGCAACAAGUAGUGCACAGGGAUGUGAAGGCAAGCAAUGUGUUACUUGAUGCGGAUAUGAAUGGUAGGCUAGGAGAUUUUGGACUUUCGAGGUUGUAUGAACAUGGAUGUAAUCCACACACCACUAAUGUGGUUGGAACAUUUGGUUAUCUUGCACCUGAGCUUGCUAGGACUGGUAAGCCCACAACAUGUACUGAUGUGUUUGCUUUUGGGGUUUUGUUGCUUGAAGUGGCUUGUGGGCGGAGACCCAUAGAGCCUAAAUAUUCCCCUGAAGAAGUAGUUUUGGUGGAGUGGGUUUGGGAGAUGUAUUCUAAGGGAAAGAUUUUGGAGGUGAUUGAUCUGAAACUUCAGAAAGAGUAUGUUGUGAGAGAGGCUGAAUUUGUUCUUCAAUUGGGCUUGCUGUGCACUCAUCCUCGGCCUGAAGCUCGACCCUGCAUUAGACAGGUAGUGCAAAUUCUUGCAGGAGAUAUGCUUCUUCCGGCAUUGCCAUCUGAAGCUCCUUCAACAGGAACAACUCAGUUUUUCGAUGACUGUGUAAAUUUGUUUUCCUCUGAUGAGCAUGGUGCUUUCAAUGUAAUCUCACAUGCUAGUGCAAGCUCAGAUGGGAGGCAAACAUUGGCACCUGAUAGAACACCACUUAUAUUUCCUUAAUACAUAGAAGAAACUGAAAGAUUUCAAGCUAUUAGACUCGGGACUCAAAUGGUAACACAUUCUUAUUUGGUAUAAAUCUCAGCUGCAGAGAGAUUCUCCACUUCAAAGCCCUCUGAGUGAUUCCAAUCUUACAGUAACCAAAUAACCCUCUGAGUGAUACAUGAUGUUAUCCACCUCUCUUUAUUGGAAGUCUGUAUGAGUUGAUGUCUAGUCAAUCAAAUAACCUUGAUAAAAGUUUAAAAUUUAUGGGGUGCUAAUCACCGUAACCGGUUUAGAAAUGUAUAAUUAGAGCCUUUGGGGGGAACUUGGUUUCCUGUAGCAGCUCAUCUCAAGCUUGUCAGACAUGUAGUGCUCAUUCAGAAUGAGAAUGAUACAUAGAGUUAUUUUCUUCAUCCCCAGUGUAUUAUGUGAACGUAUGCUGAAUCUUAUGAAUUCCUAAAAGGAAGCACGGUACAAUCAGCAAUACUAAAAUACAUAAAUCGUUGAAGUGCAAUACUAAGUCACAGAGGAUUGUUCCCUGUUGCGCAGUUAUUGUUGAGGACACAUCUACCAGGUUGAGACAGAAUUAAGGAUUUGAUACAAUUUAGAAAAAUUCUUAUUAGAACAUACAAAUUAUGAUUGUACAUUCACAUUUCCUAGUGGUUUAUGCUGUAUAUAUACUCACUUUGUUAUUGUCA